UCAGCCCCCGGCAGCGAAUGGGUGGACGCGCAUGUACUCAUCAUCGUAUAUCGGUGUGCCUGAAUGUACAGAUGCAUGAUCCUAAAGGUAUUUGCAGGCCUGAACAUUGCCUACAGCGUUGAGAGGGGGUACCUCGCGAGGUCUAUACGGGUAAUAUCGAUAUGGCCGGGGUCUCAGGCACGUGGCAACUGAGACAGUGUGUGUUCAACCAACCGGUAACGAUGAAAUUGACCCUCUAGAUGUAACAUCGCAUCGACCGCGUAGGUGGCUGGCGGUCGGGGGCUACAAAAGCUCGUCUCGUGGCGUCUUCUCCACGGCCCUACUCGCCACAACCUCCAUUCAGGCGGAAUCAUGCCCUCGCUUACGCGUGCCGUGGCCGCUGUCUUACAGCUUGGCUUUGUGGUGCGCCCCAGCCUCGCCGCCGUAUGCCCCGGAAGAGCUCCUAAGCUAGGCGCCGUGGCAUCCGAAAGCGCCGUCUGCUCUCAGAUCGGUACCGAUCUGCUUAAGGCCGGAGGGAACGCUGCUGACGCCCUUGUCGGCACCGUGUUCUGCAUCGGCGUUAUCGGCAUGUAUCACAGCGGUUUGGGCGGUGGCGGCUUCAUGCUUGUCCGAGGCAGUGACGGCAAGUAUGAAUAUAUCGACUUUCGAGAGACCGCCCCGGCUGCUUCGUUUGAGGAGAUGUACGAAAAUAACACGGCCGCUAGUUUAUAUGGGGGCCUAGCAAGCGGCGUUCCCGGCGAGGUUCGGGGGUUAGAGUACCUGCAUAAGAAUUAUGGGAAGUUGGCGUGGGCCGAUGUCUUAGCACCGGCGAUCAGGGUGGCUCGUUAUGGCUUUGAGGUAACAGAAGAUCUCGUGCGGUAUAUGGACUCCGUGACGCCGAACGGUAAUUUUCUAACGGACGACCCGGCCUGGGCGAUCGACUUCGCUCCCAAAGGGUACCGGGUCAAGUUGGGCGAGACUAUCACGCGUAAACGCUAUGCCGACACGCUGGAGGUCAUCGCCACGGAAGGUCCCGAUGCAUUCUACACGGGUGCCAUCGCCAACGCGACGAUCGCUGCCCUGUCUAAGAAGAACGGGACUAUGACUCUGGAUGACCUGAAGAAUUACACUGUCGCCAUCAGGAAGCCCUCGGAGAUCAAGUACCGGGACCACAAGCUCACGAGCUGUGGUGCCCCCGCGGGCGGCACGGUAGCGUUGAGUACGCUGAAUAUUGUCGACGGCUACGCGGACUUUGGUGACCCGACGGCGAUCAACUUAACCACUCACCGGCUGGACGAAGCGAUGAGGUUUGCGUACGGGCAGCGGUCCGAGCUCGGCGAUCCGUUCUUCGUCGAAGGCCUCGAUGAGUUUCAGGAGACUAUGCUGUCUGGUAGGACGGCCGCCGAAAUACGAUCCAGGAUCUCGGAUUUCCGCACUCAGAAUGUAUCGUGGUACAACCCGAACGGGUUAGAGAGUCUCGAAACGCCUGGUACAAGCCAUAUCGUGACCGCCGAUAGGACCGGGCUUGCUAUCAGCCUUACGACGACGAUCAACUUGCUGUUUGGGUCCCAGCUCAUAGUCCCAGAGACCGGCGUCAUCAUGAACAACGAGAUGAACGAUUUCUCCAUCCCGGGCUCGAGCAACGCGUUCGGCUAUCUGCCCAGCCCCGCGAAUUUCGUCCGACCGGGUAAGCGUCCGUUGUCCUCGAUCUCGCCGACCAUCGUAGAAACGCCGGACGGCAAACUGUAUUUCGUCAUUGGGUCGGCGGGUGGUAGCCGCAUAAUUACGGCGACCAUCCAGAACAUCCACCACGUUCUGGAUCGGGGUAUGACGACGUACGAAGCCCUCGCGGAACCUAGGCUGCACGAUCAACUCAGCCCUAACCAAGUCUCGUUCGAAUAUGCGUACGACAACGGCACCGUCGCGUUCCUGAAGUCUCUAGGACACAACGUGACUUGGGUUGCACCGGGCCAGAGCACCGCACAGGGAUUACGAUUGCUGCCUAACGGGACGUUCGAGGCAGCGGGAGAGCCGCGACAGCGCAACUCUGGCGGGUUUGCUGUAUGAUGACGGUAUUGGGAGGGGAUUCAUGGGUGGUACAUAUUCGCCUCUAUGCUUUCUACUUGCUGGUAACACAUACCUACCUACGAUUCCAUCACAACCCUCGUGACCUAU